GUCCAUGUUCCGAAUGUGGUGUGACUUAUUUUUGUUUUGUAUUAAUUUUCAAUAUAGUAAUUAUAAAUGUGAAAUGAUACAAAAUGUGUUAUCCCAUAUAGUGGAACCUUGCUUUGGCUGAAUGGAUCCCUACGUUGGGUGGUAUCAGCCCGAGCAGGAAGGACCCGCGAAGCGCUUGUGGCUUCGUAUCUGGGAAACUCAAAGUGAAACAGACAAAAUGAACCUCAAAAACUUAGAGAACGCUAAUCCUAAUGUGAAUAAAGCACAAGACUUUAUACCAUUAAACGAAGUGAACGGUGAAAAUAGGAAUAAUAAUUAUUUUAAUCCUACGCGAAGGAAAGCGAACGAUAACCGCGCAUCUACGUUUAACCUGAAUCAAAACCACGAUGCUCUCAUAGGCGAAUACGGUGGCUGCCCGUGGCGGAUACCUAAUUAUAAUUACAAGCCUGGAGUUUUAGGGCUCCACGAGGAAAUCGAGCACUUCUACAUGUACAUGUCUCCCACGGAGACUGAACACCUGGUCCGCUCCACAGUCGUCAGCCGCAUCCGCAGCACAAUCCUGUCCCUGUGGCCUCAGGCCCGCGUCGAGGUGUUCGGCUCUUUCCGGACCGGCCUCUACUUGCCGACGAGUGACAUCGACCUCGUAGUCAUUGGUCAGUGGGAGAAGCUGCCCCUGUGGACUUUGGAACGCGAAUUGGUCGGGCAGAACAUUGCGGAGAAGGAGAGCAUCAAAGUUUUAGAAAAGGCCACGGUCCCGAUUGUGAAGAUGACCGACAAAUACUCCGACGUUAAGGUGGAUAUUUCGUUCAACAUGAGCAACGGGGUCAAGAGUGCAGAGCUCAUCAAGCAGUUUAAGGAAAAGUAUCCAGUUCUAUCUCGACUAGUCAUGGUCUUGAAGCAGUUCCUGCUGCAGCGUGACCUGAACGAGGUUUUCACUGGCGGAAUCUCCUCCUACUCCCUGAUCCUCAUGUGCAUCAGCUUCCUCCAGCUACAUCCAAGACCCGACAGGCUGAGACAGCCACAUAACCUGGGAGUGCUGCUCAUCGAGUUCUUCGAGUUGUAUGGGAGGAAGUUCAAUUACGUUAAGACGGCGAUAAGAGUUAAGAAUGGCGGGUCAUAUGUUUCAAAGGAUGAAAUACAGAAGGAAAUGAACGACGGACAUCGUCCAUCGCUGCUCUGCAUAGAGGAUCCCCUGACGCCCGGCAACGACAUCGGCCGCUCCAGCUACGGCGCGAUACAAGUCAAGCAGGCGUUCGACUACGGGUACAUCAUCCUGCAGCAGGCCGUGGCGCCGCACAACGCGCUGCUGUCGCGCCACAGCGUGCUGGGCCGCGUGCUGCGCGUCACGGACCACGUGCUGCAGUACCGGCGCUGGGUGGCCGGCACCUUCGAGCCCUUCUUCUUCCCGCACCGGCCGCGCCCGCGCCGCGCGCCCAGCCGCUCCCCCGCGCGCUCGCCGCCGCCGCCCUCGCCGCCCUCCCCCUCGCCGCCCUCGCCGCCCUCGCCCUCCGCGUCCGACAGCUCGGCCGAGUGGUCGGACGCGCCGCGCGGGCGCACGUCGCCGCCGCCGCUGUCGGCGCUGCAGUGCUCGUCGCCCACGCCGCGCCGCGUGUCGGCGCACCAGAACCUCAUCAUCCACCACAUCACCAGCAACUCGGACUUCAACAACAUCCCGUCGGGUGAGUGCGCGGCGCGGCGGGCCGACGCUCCCCGGGGGCGCCCCGGGCCCGCGCCCUCCGCCCGAUCUGACCCCGUUUCCGCCGCAGGUGUGAUGCAGCAGCGCUACGGGCCCCCCGCGGCCCCCGCCGACGCCAAGGGCCGCGGCUCGCGCUCGUUCUCGGCCAAGCAGAAGCGCUACAACGGCUCCCCGCCCGCGCAGCGCUACCGCGGCGACGCCCGCCACAAGAAGCGCCGCCAGGUGGCGCAGCCGCGAUGAUACCGCGUCGGGCCGCGCCGGGGCCGGGGCCGGCCGGCGACCGGGCCGGCCGACGGGACUGACUGAGUGAACCGCGACGUACGUUCGAGACUAUAGUCCGUCGAGUGUGUCCUCGGCCGACGGAGUGCGCCGUAGAUUUUAAAUGACUCGGAGACUGCAGGGAGUGGCGGGCCCGCGCGCCUCACGAUGCGAGCGGGGGGGCGGGUGGUGGGGGGGGGGUCGCCGCCGUGCCGCGACUCCGUUAGCGACGCGACGCUAGCCUAUUUUGUCGUAAAGUGGUUCUACAGUAGUAAUAAAAAAAUAUAAAAAAUUACCUUUAUUAUAAGUAUUGGCUCGUUUUAAGCAGCCGCCUGGUGUGCCAGUGCCAGUGUCCGGGCGAACUCGAAUCGAACGUGCGUCACAUCUUAUAGUGUUUGUUGUGAAGUUCAAAAUUGAUGAGUAAGUCUUUCGUACUCGACGUAACGUACCGCGUCGUUCCCUGUAACGUGAGCCGUUAAAUCUGCGUGCGUGAUCAGUGAUUUGUACCGGAGUGAGAGUUUGUGUCAUAACACCAAUUGCAGCUGUAUUAUAUUGUUAUGUGCGAUGGGAAGCUGACCGUAUGUUUAUAUGUAUUGCUGUGCGAUUUGAUAUCUUACACCUACGGAGUAGUGAUUAGUAUCCUUUGUAAAAUUCUUAACGGAACUUUGUUAUUUUUAUAUGAAAGUCAUUGUAACGAUUUGGUUUGGGGUCAGUGACUGUAUUUCGAGUAAACUUAAAAAACAGUACAAGUAUACGUGUCUGUGUCUACGUGUCAUGGAAUACAUUUUACCAAUAACACAGCAGAGUUGUGCACAAGUUUUUUUUUACAAAUAAAAGUAACUAAAAAUAGUAGCGAUACAAAUUAUGAGUGUAAUAUUUGGUGUUACAGACAGACUUUUGAGAUCACAUAUUAUUAUUUAUAAGAAUUCAGUCUUGUUUGUGAUACGAUGCCGUUGACUGCCAUGAGCUUGCAGCUUUUGUUAUGAUAUAUAUGUUGAGCAACCAAGACUACGGUAUAGCAGAUCCUAAAAUUGUAUGUUUUUUUAACUGAAGUUACCUUACAUAUGAGAAUAAUGUUUGCAGUAAAGUUCUAUACGUGUGAUUGUUGCCCCGUGGUGCUUGUUUUGUAUGAGUUUAGAACGACUGCUAUUUACUCAUUACGAACUUCAAUGAUGAUAUUCCGUUGAGUCACUUGUCUGAGUACGUGUAAGAUUGUAUCACACUCCGAUUAACUUAUGAAAUGUAUAAAAUUAUAAAUCAUAUUAGAUUUAAUGUUAUGUAUUUGUAAUUGUCGUACGGAGCAGUUUUUUGUGUUUAGUUAUCUGUUCCUAAAAACCCUUUGUGAACCAUUUUUCAUUGUGACUCUAAUUCAAUUUCAUCGUUAGUCUAAUGACCUUAAGCUCAUGUAUGUACUCAACUUAAAAUCAGUUACUCUUUAAGAAAUACUUAGAUUGUAAUUCAUCAAAAUUUGUUAAGACAAAAGGCCAGACAUUUUUUGUUUAUAUAAAUAUAUCUGUGCUCAAAUACUGCUUCGUUCAACAACAAGAAGUACUGUUCUCUCUAAGCCCGCUCUGUUGCCGGCGGUUGUUACGGGACGACAGCGACGCUCCGCGGUUGUAUCGAUACAAUAGAGAAAAUAUUUGAUCUAAAGUCUUCGAUAGGGACAAAAAAUGGAAUUGAAAAUGACGUCACCUCUAUUCAUCUCUCGCUCGCACAGUAGCGCUGUCUCUACUCGCUCGCCGGUAUCGAGUGCGAGUAAACUUCCCUCGAGCUACAAUAAUUGUUUCUUACGCCGCAUUGAAUGUAUUUUAAAAAUAUAUAUCUGUGCUAAUAUUACAAGUGAAAAAGUAACUUUUAUCUGUCCGUCUGUACGUUACGUUUUCAAGGCUAAACCAGUGAAUAGAUUCUGAUGAAAUUUGAUACGAAGCAAACUGGAAACCCAAGGACAGAAUCUGCUUUUUUUCACCCUUUGUGGAAGCUAAUGUUGGGGUCUGUUGUAGGGCGCGUUAAAAUGAAACCAUUCGAAUCUGGUCGAUUAAUAAUUAUAUAACGAAUUAAACAUUUAGUAACAUAUUAUGAGCGAGGAUUUUCAUUGCAUUUAUCUCUGCGAGUCGUUACUCGUACUCGAUACCGGCGGGUGUAGUACAUUUUGUAAUUUUAUUAUCAUUAAAAUAGAUAAGAUAGAUAAAUGAAACAAAUCCAUCGAUAUAAUAUGUUAGUAUAUUUUCUUAAUCUAUUAUAUAAUAAUUAAUCAACACGACACAUAUGCGAACAAAAUACAUAAACAGACGGCUUAGCAUUCAAAGGGUCCACACAGCCAGACGGACGGACGAACACAAUUCUGUACCGCGGGUGUCGCACACGAACUACACCACACGGAAUUAUUCCCGAUGUACUCUUAUAAACGUACGUUAUAAACUCCGUUUACUCAUAGAUCUCUUUAAACCUUGUAUUUAUAUGUAAAUAAUCCGUAUUUAUUUGUAAAUCGAUUCAUUAAUAAAUAUUGUAUUGGAUGUGUAAUAAAAGGGGCCACAUCUAGUUAUACCCGUAUCUUAUUUGUAUGAAUCGGUGGUGUUCAUUUGAUUAUCACGAUCUCUAGAUAUCUCCCGUCGACUUGUCGAACGUUACUCGAUAAAUAAUGUAAGUGAAACUGUAAGUUAGCUGAUAAUACUAGUGUCACUGGAUGUGGUAUCUAUUUUGUUUUAUAUAGGCUCAUGUUACUCCACUCGGAUCCGAUUCAAAUAUUCAGACCACAUAAAAUUUACCUCUCAGCACUCACACGAAGAUUCGUUUCUCGGUUUUCGUUCAGUUUUACCGAUCAUUGAUAGACCGUGAUGAUCGUAUGUGUGUGUGAGUGAUUAACUGACCACUCACUAAGACACUGCGCAGUUCGAAUUAUGUACAGGGUGUCCCUAAAAACAAAAUUAAUAUUGAAACAUUCUCAUAUUUUCAAAUGUCUAAUAUUGCUGCCGAACGUCAACUCGUAUUCGUUGGUUUAUGAAUCACCCUGUAUAUAUAAUUUGGUUUAUUCUGCGAGCAGUCGUCACUGCGAUUAUUUGAACUGUGGUCUGAUCUUUCAACUCUCGUAUCCAUUGAGUUGACAUACUGUCUAGUCUAGUUUUAUAUAAAUCGACGCGAUAACAGUAGCUCGAUCUAGUUCCGUUCGUCGGACGUCCGCCAGGUGUCACUCGUGAUGGAUGUCGUAUACUCUCAUAAAUUCGGGUGCUCGUCGAGAGCGUUCGCGUAAGAAAUUCCAUGGUUGUGUUUUGCGAGCGUUCUCACGGUUUUUGUAUCGACUCAGUUAAACCGGGUCUCCUGCGAUGAAAGUUAAAUAUUAUGUCAUACAUAUAUAACUCUGUAAACAUGUAAGGAUUAGUUUAUUGUUAUCGUAAUAAAUUUUGCUGUCACAUAUUUUAAUAAUAGUUCAUUACUGUUACAUAUAUGUAGGGUAUUAAAAUAUAUAUACUGUGACGUUCGGGGCAGUAAAAUAUUUGUAAAAAUAAAGUCAGUAAUUUACUCUAAAGAAAUCGUACGAUAUAAUACUGAAAUAGGUCCAAAAAUAGGCCCCGCCCACAUUUUCCAAUUUCUAACAUAACAACGGUCGCGGAGACUCGGGCUUAUGAAACAGACAAACGUCUAGCUCGCAGUGGCGCUGCCCGCCAUCGCUGUCGGCGAGCCCCCCUCCGUGUCGCCGCGCAUGUAAUACAUAUAUUAAGUUGACGAUGCUAUACUGCCGUAGCUGACGUGAAGGUGACGAAAUUAACUUAGAAGAUAUAGUCUUUGUAAAAUGAAGUAGAAAAAAGAAUAGGCCAUUACUGAGAAUGAUCAAUUUUUUUACAUUUUUUCUAACUAUAGAGGCGUGCACGUCUCGUCGCGGUCGUUCAUUAUAUAAACAUUAGUUACUGAUAAAAUUACUUCGAUGAAUGUGUACGCGGGCCUCUGCGACUGACGAGUGAUAGAUUAACGCUAAUAUUUUUUAAACAAAAACAUAAAAAUUAUAAAAAAUGUUAUAUUAACGAGUGCAACUAAAAGUACUGUACGAUUUUAGUGUUUAAGUGUUCACCUCGUGGCGUAUGAUGCCAGAAUGCUACAGGACGAGUUGAAUGUUGAACUAAUUUAUGUAAACAUAAUAAACUCGAUUUGAUUUAGUCUGAUUUGUUCGAAGUCGUACAGAAUGUAAACAAAACGUGACUAUUAUUCGUAGGCGUGUUGUAAUCGUUACUAAAGUAUAAUGUAAGUUUAUUAAAAAUAGUACAAUGCAUUUCAAGUAAGAAUAGAAGCGACUCUUGUCGUAUUUUGACGUCCUUUAGUAGCUGUAAAUAUAAACCGGUUAAGUAUGGUGUGCAAAAUAAAUGUUUUUGAAAAAAUAAAUCUUUACAAAAGAAACAAGAAUGAAAAAGUUUUCAUCUACAUCUAGCUUCAAAUAAAAAACGCUUCAUUCUAGUAAGAAUCAUCAUCGUCCUCAUAUUAUCACCAUUGUAUAUAUUAUCACGAUGACAAUGAAAAAAACAGCUAUUCAUUAUUUUUAAAAUGAAAUAAAACUUGAAAAUAUUUUGUGAUAAUAGGAGUUAAUUAAUUGUUAAAGUCUAAGAUUAAGUUAUCAACUAAAAAUAAAUAAAUAAAAUCAAUUCUCUAAUCAGACAAGGAAAGGAAAAAAGUUAAAUAAUAUUUUUUUGCAAACCGUACUCUUUAAGUGUCAGACAGGUCGCAGACGUUCCUAUUCUUAUUCGAAUGACAUUCUAAGUGACGUAACUUCAGUUUUGUUUACACUUUGUACAAUUUCUCUUUGAAUGGACUCAAAUAUACUCUAAUUUUGUAACCUCGCUCUCAAUAUCAGUUCGAUUGAGGAUCUCUCGCGAUGUUCUUUUAUCUGUUCUUUAUUAAUAUAGAUUUGGAUAUUUUUCUCAUGAAUUUCAAGCAAAGUUUGAAACCAGAUUUAAAAUGUUUGUAAUGUUUGGAAAUCUCUAUUUUGAAAAGUUUCCUUCAUACCCCUAAUACUCGAUUACCGAUACUACUACCGACUCGAAAGAGUUGACGAUCUGUAUCGUUCGAGUGGAGAGUAUUAUCUGUUUAUUAUUAAGUGUUUAUAUUAAAAUCACAAUAGUGCCGAUAGCUGACUUUAAAAUAAAGUAUCGUACACAAUAACAAUCAGAAUUUAGCUUUAAACGCGAUCGUGAUGCGUUUUCUUUGCCCAAAAUGUAACUCUAGCACAUUCAUUCUUAAUUUUAUUCAACUCACAGAAGUAAUAUGCUUUAAAACUUAUUACGCUAUAAACUGUAUCAGUAUCGUAUCAUUCUGUAACGUUGCAGUCAAAUUAGUCCUUGAAAUUUUAAUGAUAAAUAAUUUCUUUUUCGGGUAUAUAUCUCAAGCAAUCAAGCAAUUGAGCAUCUUCAACCUUCAUUGUAAUAUAUGUGAUUUGAGACUUCGAAAUAGAUUCAAAAUGUCCUGAUCGAUGCGGCUCGAGUCACGUGACGAGAUGUUUCCAAACAUAAUAAACAAGACCACGUCUCUACUUCCACGCUGUUUCUACUCGAUCGCAACUCAUAAAACAAUUUAAAUGUUAACAGAUGUAAGCGUUUUGUAUAUGAUUGUAUAAUUUGUCUAGCUUUAGUACAUCGUUAGUUGUAUACAGUAAAUUAAGUGUACAUACGUCUGUACAUAGCUUGUAAAUACACACGAGAUAUAUAUUUAAUAUAAAGUUUGAUUUAAAGAGAAGUUUUAAAAUAAAAGAAAUUUUUGAAAAAAAAAAUACAAAAAAAAUGAAAUAAAUAAAGACAUA